CAUGGUAUAUCGACAAUAUAUCACAAACCCCCCGAGGAGCCUUAUUGCUAUUAUGAACUUGUUACCAACAUACUUAGAAUAGUUCAAAGAAACGUUUUGUUGUACCCGUGGUAUACGGUCUGAUAUACCACGGCUGUCAGCAAACCAGCAUUCAGGGCUCGAACUACCCAAUUUAUAAUCCCCUUUUGAUAGAUCAACAAGACAUUUUACAAACCCAAACAAUUCAGUCUUGUCAGGUCUCAACAUGACAUCAUAUCUGGCAAAGUGGAUACAGUAAGCUCUCUCAACCAGCACAACGCAAAACAGGACUACAAUGACAAACACAAAAUCCCAAUCCCAAAAAUAUAUAAUUUUCCUCCUACUUACCACUAUGGUUCUCCAUGUAGAAGAAGUCUGCUCUGCUUCUUAGUUCCAUUGUCUUUCCUCCCCCACCUCCACAACUACUGUGUAUUGUCUUCAUGGAUAUCAACAAGCUUCACCUGCACAGGAAACUACAUAGAACGCCAACAUCCACACACAGCUAAAACAUAAAGUCAAUCUGUACAGUCUCUACGUGUAGAAGCCCUACCACCCAUCCCUCUUCCCCUCUCCCUCAUCCCCCCCAUCCCCCUCUCCUCCAUCACACAGGAAACCUGGCCUUCCUGCAAACAAGCAUCGGGGCAUGGAAGGGGACAAGGCCACGGCCGAGGGCAGGUAUGGAGGGAGAGGAUGUUUUUGUCGUUUUUCAACUCCCCUGGCUGAGAGGCCUGCUGUCGUCUAUCCUGAGGAAACCGGCUCACGUCAUUGGUGCUCAGAGGAGCUCUACAACUCCAGCCAUAGGCUUGCACGUGCUCAGUAGCAGGACCACAGUGACACAGAUCGCUGCAGAGAGGGCCCGGGGCAGAUAUCAACAAUGACCCCCACAGCAAACGACUCCUUCAGCCCCAAGAAGUUUUUUGCGAUGGUGGGCUUGUCCAAGAAGUCUCCCCCUGAGAUUGAGAAGAUCUUCAUGAUCCUGGACCAGGACAAGAGUGGCUACAUCGAACAGGACGAGCUACAGCUUUUCCUCCAGAACUUCUCCAAGGGGGCUCGUCCCCUGACAGCGGCUGAGACCAGAGCCUUUCUCCUAGCUGGGGACAAGGACGGGGACGGAAAGAUAGGCUGGGACGAGUUCUCCAACCUUGUCAUGUCUUCAUAAAGAGAGGAAGAUAAAGAAGAUGUUUAUUUUUGACAAUCUUGUAGUUUGAAGACAAGCAGUACAUGGUCUGUGUGAAUCUUCUCAGUGCCUUCUUGGAUUGGUCCAGCCUCUGUCUGUCAGUACAAGUAGUGCAAUAUGCUGUAUGCUAGUUUUGACUAAGGAAAAUAUGAUAUUGUAAACCAAUACAAAUAAACAGUCUUUGGCUUAACACUU